AUGACAGAGGUACUAAUGGAAAAUGUAUUCCAUGCUAGAGACUUUCUUGUUGCCGAGCUUCAAAAAUACAACCCAAUUGCUCUCAUUGCUACCUCAGUUAUUGUGACCUAUGUGUGCACCAAUUUGAGACAUAUGCAACUGGAUGAUAUUGGUAUCCGAAAACGUCUGAGCUCUUGGUUUUUCACAACGGUUAAAAAAGUUCCCUUCAUUAGAAAAAUGAUUGAUAAGCAACUCGAUGAAGUGAAAGGGGAAUUGGAAAAGAGCUUGAAAAUUGAGGACCAUACUGCCGAGUACUUUAAAACGAUCCCAACUAGAUCAGUUGGCAGAAAAGAAGUUCUUCGCCUUGCUGCCAUUUAUGAUAGUCUUGAAGGACCAGCCUAUCUUGAUGGAAGAGUUUCUGGAGCAGUCUUCAAUACAGAAGACGACAAUGAUGAGAGGGAAAUGUAUGAGCAAGUGUUCGGAAAAUUCGCCUGGUCCAAUCCCCUUUGGCCAAAACUUUUCCCAGGAGUCAGAAUCAUGGAAGCUGAAGUGGUUAGAAUGUGUUGUAACAUGAUGAAUGGAGACUCAAACACAUGUGGGACCAUGUCUACUGGAGGAUCCAUUUCAAUUCUUCUUGCCUGCUUGGCUCACCGCAACCGUUUGUUGAAGCGAGGACAAAAGUAUACAGAAAUGAUUGUUCCAUCAUCGGUGCAUGCUGCAUUCUUCAAAGCCGCUGAGACUUUCAAAAUCAAAGUCCGCAAGAUUCCAGUGGACCCUGUCACAUUCAAAGUUGACAUUGUCAAAAUGAGAUCAGCCAUCAACAGUAGAACCUGCAUGCUUGUUGGAUCUGCUCCAAACUUCCCAUUCGGAACAGUUGACGAUAUCGAAGCAAUCGGUCAACUCGGAUUAGAGUACGACAUCCCAGUACACGUAGAUGCUUGUCUCGGUGGAUUCCUCCUUCCAUUCCUUGAAGAGGACGCCAUUCGAUAUGAUUUCCGUGUUCCUGGAGUAUCUUCAAUCUCCGCUGACAGCCAUAAGUACGGACUUGCGCCGAAAGGGUCGUCUGUAGUUUUGUACCGAAACAAGGAACUUCUUCAUAACCAGUACUUUUGUGAUGCCGAUUGGCAAGGAGGUAUCUAUGCUUCUGCCACAAUGGAGGGAUCUCGUGCUGGACACAAUAUCGCUCUUUGCUGGGCAGCAAUGUUGUAUCACGCUCAAGAUGGAUACAAGGCAAAUGCAAAGAAAAUUGUGGACACUACCAGAAAAAUUAGAGAUGGGCUUUCAAAAAUCAAGGGAAUCAAAUUGCAAGGGCCAAGUGAUGUCUGCAUUGUGAGUUGGACAACUGAUAGUGGAGUUGAACUCUACAGAUUCCACAAUUACAUGAAAGAAAGACAUUGGCAAUUGAACGGACUUCAAUUCCCUUCUGGAGUUCAUAUCAUGGUCACAAUGAACCAUACCCAACCAGGUCUUGCUGAGAGCUUCAUCGCCGAUUGUCAGGCAGCAGCUGACUUCGUCAGACAAAAUCCAGUGACUGAGUCCGACAAAAAGAGUGAAGCCGCCAUCUACGGACUUGCUCAAAGUAUCCCAGACCGUUCCCUCGUUCACGAGUUUGCCCACAGUUAUCUCGAUGCUGUUUAUGCUCUUCCAAAGUGA